UUCUUGUCUUCUCUUAUAUUUUUGUUUUGCUCGUUUCAUUAAAUACCAAAGCUUUAACCUAACCAUUCGCCGAUCAGCAGCUUUUGCUUUUUUUCUUUAUAAAUCUUUUAAGUGCUAAAUAACUGGGAAAGAAGAGAAGAAGAAGUUUCUUGCUAAAAUUACAAUGUACACAGACACACAUACAUUCAUUCAUUUAGUAUAUCCUCAUCAACUAAGGCUGGUCCCAUUCAUUUUCAUCAUUACUUUUCGUUCACUAGAUAUAUUUAAAGGAAAUAGAAUAAUAAUUCAAAAAUUAUUUAAAAAUUAUUUUAAAUCUUUCUAUAAAAUUAUUUAUAUUUUUUUUUGUUCUCAAAAUAUCUGAGAACAAACAAAUUAAAUAAAUUUAUUACAAAAAAUAUUUAUUUCCUUAUAAAAUCACAAGUACAUUAAACCUUUACUUUUUUACUGUCCCAUUUGAAAAUUUUCCUUUCUGUCCUCUUAGAUUUUUUCUAAAAUUAGCUAAUUUAUUUGGUGGUUCUAU